AUGUUGGCUGUGCCAAUUAUAGUCUUUCUGGGGGUCGGCUGUUGUGUGGUCAAUGCCGUAACCGUUACUACAAAAUUAGGCGAUGUCCAGGGUUUCCACGUUGACUACACGAAUGAACAGUCCAAAAUCUAUCGCGGCGUAGGUGAUAUAUUUCUUGGCAUCCCCUAUGUACAGCCCCCACUUGGAGCACUACGAUUUGCGGCUCCAGCGGCUUUGAGUAAGCUGCCGAAAUCCCCGUGGGACGCUACAUAUUUCCGAUCGCCCUGCUCGCAGUCGUUGCAGCCUUGCGGAUUCAACAGUACAUCGUCAUCUGAGGAUUGCUUGUAUUUAAAUGUAUUUUCACCAGAUGUGAAAACCGCAACCCCAUUCCCGGUGAUGGUAUGGAUCCAUGGCGGGUCAUUCCAAUCCGGAUGCGCUCAACAGUAUCCGUAUAAAGGUGGUGUCAGUUCGUUUGUCUCGAGAGGCGUUGUUGUCGUUACCAUACAGUAUCGCCUAGGAUUUUGGGGUUUCUUCACGACCGGAUCGAACGAAUUUCCCGCAAAUCGUGGUAUGCUGGAUCAGGUAGCCGCCCUCCGCUGGGUGCAAGAUCAUAUCCGGGAUUUCGGAGGUGACCCGACGAAGGUCACGAUUUUUGGAGAAUCUGCUGGAGCGGCUUCGGUUUCCGCGUUGACCUAUUCGCCAAUGGCACAAUCCCUUUUCUCGCAAGCCAUUCAAGAAUCUGGCGCCACCGAAACCUGCCUGAACACCGACAACAAGUUGAGCAUCGACGCGGCUAGUAAGCUGUGCGGCUUCACAGGGAACGAUUGGAGCGGCAAGGACUGGCAGAAAAUGACAAAUUGUGUGCAGAACAAAUCCGCCGUCGAUAUAUUGAAAUCGGUCGAUAUGGCCUGGAAUAUGGUAUACGAUACCCAAUUCCUCCCGGAUACUCUUGAAAACCUCGGCAAGAAACGGAAGAAUUUCCCCUCGCUGAUCGGGGUGAUGCGGGAUGAGUGGAGCUAUUUUGUGCUUGGAAAGCUGCGUACCCAGGAGCUGUUUCUGUCAAAUAUGACCCGUGGAUUCAUCGAAUAUACCUUUAACUUUGAUCAUACUUAUAUGGGUGAUAAGGAGGGAGAGGUGAUGCGGAUGCUCGAAAAGGUCUAUCAUCCGACGACUAUUGCUGAUGAUGACUAUGUUGGAUGGGUGAAGUUGGCUAGUGAUAUGUACUCCGGUCAGUUCUUUGGAGGCCCAAUGCAGCGAGAUGUUGAUCGAUAUUGGGCCAAGGGGAAUAAGGACGUCUUCCUCUGGGAGCACGACUAUUCCAGCAACGUUGGAAGGAUCCUUUCGUUGCCUGGUUGGACGCCGGUUCCCCACUGCUCCGAGUUGUUCUUCAUGUGGUUGCCCGACGGCGAGUGGGCCAGAGCUGAGCAGGCGAAUGAGGUAAUCCAAUUCGACUACGACGUCGCCAACUUUUAUGCAGAUUCCUGGACGAAAUUCGCCAAAACUGGAAAACCCAUGGGAAAUCAAUGGGAAGCCGUGGAGCCCACGUUGAAUCGCUAUUGGAGGAUAUCACCGGAUGGGAUGAGGAUGGCUGAUGGGUGGAGACAGGUCGACUCGACUAUGUGGAAUAAGGUGAUCCCAUCAAUUCUCAGCCAACAGUCCAAUGUUGCGACGACGGCGAGAAGUCCGGCUACGACUACGCAAGGCUCUGCAGCCUUGAGUUAUACUUGCAUAAUUGUACUUUUACUGGUUUCGCUUUUAUAU